UCACACUUCCUAGUUCACGUCCAACGCAAUUUUGAUUGAAAAUUGUAAUUAUUAUUUAACAACCGAUCGCAGCGACACGAGUGGGUGCGUGUGGUCAGUGCUUAGUUAGAGAUUAAAAAGGACUCGUUGCCACAAUGCUAGUCAUGAACACCUGUAGAACUGCCUCCAGACUGGCGAUUCGUAGUCUUAACCUGCGAUCGCCGAUCGUCUCGCGCACUUUCUCGGCGGGAUUGGCCCUGAAAACGAAAGAUGUUGUCAACAUAACCUUCGUGCGUGCCAACGGGGACAAGAUCAAGACUUCGGGCAAGGUGGGCGACUCCCUGCUGGAUGUGGUGGUCAACAACAACGUGGAUCUGGAUGGCUUUGGUGCCUGCGAGGGCACCCUGACCUGCUCCACAUGCCACCUGAUCUUCAAGACCAGCGAUUUCGAGAAGCUGCCCGACAAGCCCGGCGACGAGGAGCUGGACAUGCUGGACCUGGCCUACGAACUGACGGACACCUCGCGUCUGGGCUGCCAAAUCACACUUUCUAAGGACAUGGAGGGUCUGGAGGUCCAUGUGCCCUCCACCAUCAACGACGCCCGCGCCGCGUAAUCGGACGCCAAACACUUUGUUAUACUUUGUUGCAAUUUUGAGUGCUAAUUCGCUUUAGUUCAACUAGAUGUAGUCAAUAUUUUCUGAAUGAAAUCUUAUUGUAUUGUCCCAAAGACACGAAGCUCAGGCGGCUAUUAUAGAUGCGUGCAUAAAACCGAUUUCGAUUCCAGAGGCGGAUUUGCGUCCGCUGUUGUUUUUAAAGUGUUUAAGCUCAAAGGGAUUAGAUCAAUAUGUAAAUAUGUGUUCCCAAUAAAUUUACAUGUAUUUUCUUA